UGUGGGAAACAAAGAGGCCGUUGCCCUGAUGGGCUGACGUGAUGGCAUUGCAUGCUAUCGUAGUACUAACCGCCUCGCUAAGAGACGCGAAAAGAAGAGACUGGCAUCGUGAUGCGCAGUUGACCGCCCAGAGAACAAGGACAAGAGAGGAAAGGAAAGAAAAGAAAAGUCGAGUCCGAGAGAGCCGCCCAGUCUUGGUUUUUCCAAGUGAGGAUAUUGGUGGUAAGAAAAAUACAAAUGAAAAUGAAAGUCGAGGGUACGAGUGGCCCACCAGGAAAACCCCUAGCUCAACGGCACCCCAACGCCACACGCUCAACGUAUGCGAAUAUUAAAUAAAGGUAAUGUGCACUGCGCCUCGCGAUCAGUACAUGUAGGCUUUUUGUUGCUCUAUAUCAAUCUCGAACCGACUUUUGUCUGUGUCGCCA